AUGGGCCGUCAUAAGAAACGCUCCUCUGCCCGCACCAAACCCCCAUCCCCUGCACCCUCUCCCUCCGUCGAUCCCUCAACGCCCGAUGAGAAGAUGAACGUCAUCCAAGAUUUGGAGCGGGCUGUCGCCGCUGUCCACGAUGGGGACCUUAGCACAGCGCUGAAAAUCAUUAACGACUCUCUUUCGCGCUACCCUGAGUCGGCGGCUCUUCACAGCACAAGAGGUGGCAUUCAUUUUCAGGUCGCUUCUCAAACCCGCGACUCUGCCGCCCGAGUCAAACACCUCGAAAUCGCGCUCAUAGGCGACUGCCGAGCCCUCCAGCUGGCUUCGAACUCCAUCUCCUUCGCGCGCUACCGCGCCCUGACGCUCUUCGAGUUGGCCCAGAACGACGCCGCUGUGUGCUUCGAUUACGACGCCGUGAUCGAAGCAUGCGAGCGCGCGUUGCUGCUAGACAAUCCUACGGACCCCGUGGAAGAUCUCUUGGACGUUGGAGGGAUAUUGUAUGUAGACAAUCCCAGCCCAGUCAAUAGAAUCGAAGAAGUGAAAAAGAAGCUCGUAAAGCUCAUGGAGGAAUCCAAGAAAAAUAAGAAGAGUACUACUGUUCUUGGACAUGGUGACGGGGAAGAAAAAUUGAAGCAACUUGUAGACGAUAACUCCCUGAUCUCGGAGAUACAGGACAAAAUUAAGUCUCUGCAACGCAGAAAGGAGGAUAUCCUAAAGGCGAGUGAUCCGCAGAAUAUUCACUCAUUGUACUCCCAGGAUGAUCGGCUGAGGAUCGAAGAGAAAAGAAAGUACAUAAAUCUCAAGAAAGUCGUAUCCAACGUCGAUAUCAUUGCCCGAGCCAGGCCUUAUUGGAACAACACCAUGAAUUUUCAAGAUAAGAAAGAAUUGUUAAAAAUAAGAAUCAAAGAGCUGAUAGCGCAUUUUGAUAGGAAUAAGCUGGCCAUGGCGAAUGCGAUUUUGCAGGAAGCGAUAGAUUUCGCUAAGACGAGGAAGUUUUGGAAGUUUUGGGAGUGUUGUUGCUGCGGAGGCAGGUUUCUGGACGGCAAAUCGAACGUGAACCAUAUCAUGAAGGCGCACAUGGGAACUCUAUCCAAGGAUUUUCAAUCCUUGGUGCCGAAAAUUGUUCCUGAAAGAAUUGCCAACAUGGUUGAACUCGAUUCGUGGAAGCCCGUGGACUCCAUCUCCACGGCCAAGAUGACAGAAAAUCUGUCUUCUGAAGAUUUAAAGAACAAGAUCGUCAAGUGGCCUCAUUGCGAUGAUAGCAAACGCGCGGCGAUCCUCGAUAGCAUUCGCACGUGGUUGCGAUGGUUUAUAAGCAACAAAUGCUUUACCAUGAGCCUUCUUGUGGCGUUGCUGAACAUGGCAGCCUUAAAGCUGAGAGCUCGUUUUUUCCCGAUACGGUUACUUGACGUGGUUCCACAGCACCGACCGUUCCUCUUGAUAUUCUUUUUGGAAGUUUCGGAGCUUAAUCCACUUGUUGAAUGCUUGGAAAAUCUGGCUGGAACUUGCGGAUUACGUUCUAUUUGUGAGACUAGUGUGAAUGCUGAUCUUGGGUUUUGCGAAAGGAUUGUUUUCAGCGCUGACUUCUCACGUCUCCUUUUCGAUGAGCGAUACUUGCGAGGAGAGAUUGGAGAGCCUGAUGAUGGGAGUGCAGUGACAUCUCAUGCUGAUAAUGACAAAGCAAAGGAGGAGAUAAUUACUAAUGGUGAUGCUUUUGUUUAUUGGUUAUGGAUUGGAGGUCCUACAAUUGGGGAGCAAAUGAAGGAAUGGACAAAUACGAGAGAAGCUAGCAAAAUUCGAGGAAUGAUGUUCUUCAACAUCCUUAAAACGGAAUUUGAAAUGCAGCAACGUGUGUUUCAGAGAAAAUGGGAGAUUUUGAGAUACAAGAAACCACUGCUAAAUCUUUGGAAUAUAUGUCAUGAAGAAAAAGAGAAAAGGGAAGAAAAUUCAGGGUACAAGCCACAAAGUUAUCACUCCCUCUUGUUGAAACGGCAGAAAGAGCUUGAGAUGAACAGCAGUGGCUCUGAGUUGCAUACGAUAUGGAGUAUUCUGAAAGGUGCUCAAACAGACACUGACAUAGAAGAGAAGAUCAACAAAAAGAGAUAUGGGAUGGAUCAAGAGCUUUGCAGGGUUGAUGCUACAAUCGUGGUGAUUAAUGCUUCCUUGCGGCAGACAGGGUUGACACUUGAGAUGGUAUCUGCUUGUGACUAUCGGUCUAUUCUGGUGCCCCUGUUGAAGUCACUCGUGCAGGCACGCCUGCAGGAUCAGGUUGACAAAGAUGCUGCAGAGAAGUCUAACACUGCAACAGAAGCUUUGUUGGCAGAGCUUGCUCUUGAUGACGAGAAGAACACUAACAAAGGACAAGGACAGGGGAAGGGGAAGGGGAAAUCAAAGGGUAAAAAGAAGAAACAAUAUUACAAAAAGGCCCAGGAUUCGAAGGGAACCGGUGGUGGUAAGGAGCAGCAUCCGCCUCGUCAGGAAAAUGUGGAACAAUCUUGCUUUUCUGCUGGGCAUGGUGGAAAUUAUCCAAGUUCUGAGAUUGAUGUUCCUGUAAGAACUGAUGAAUUGAAGCAACAUGAAGAGGAACUUUUGCGUGAGGCAGAGGAGGAGGCAAGAAUGCUUGAUGAGGCGAUAGUGUUCCAGAUGAAAAUGGAGAAUGAGGCUAAACAAAAGCGUCUUGCUGAGCAAAAUAAGAGUGCAGGUGAAAGCAGUGCAGAGAAUGUGGCAACUGUUUCCUCUAAAGCUGGUGAACAUGCUGGUUCAAGUGAGCAACAAGCUUGCUUUUCUGCUGGGCAUGAAGGAAGUUAUCCUAAUCCUGAGAUCGGUGUUCCUGUAAGCAUUGAUGAAUUGAAGCAACGGGAAAAACAACUUAGGCGUGAAGUAGAGGAGGUGCAAAGAAAGCUUGAUGAGGUUCUGGAACUCCAGAGGAAAGUUGAGCAUGAGGCAAAACAAAAGCGCCUGGCUGAGCAAAAUAAGGGUACAGAGAAUGUGGCAAAGGCUGAAGCUGGUGAAGAUUUUGGUUCAAGCGAACAACAAGCUCGCUUUUCCGUGGUGCAUGGAGGAAAUUAUCCUAAUGCUGAGAUCGGUGUUCCUGUAAGCACUGAUGAAUUGAAGCAACGGGAAGAAGAACCUAGUGGUGAGUCUGAGGAGGAACUAGGUUUUGAGUACUCAGAGGAGUUUGGAAGAAGGCUUGAUGAGGAGUUGGUGCGUUUUCUUCAAAUUGAAUAUGAGGCUAAACAAAAGAUCCUUUCAGAGCAAAAAAGUACACAGCGUGCCUUAAUCAAUGCAAAGUCUGUCACACAUGGUGUGCCUACUGUCUCCUCUCCAGCUGGUGAAGUUGGUUCCAGCGAGUAGCAGCAAAGGCAAUCUGAACCAACACCCUUAAAUGUAACUGCUGUCUUCUCUGAAGCCGGUGAAAAUGUUGGUCCAAAAUUAGUAAUGGUCCCUAUUAGUAAGAAUAAUUGUAAGUAUUAUUCUGUAUCACAUGUUUUUUUACCUAUUUUUUGGAUAUUCUAGUCA